CGUCUCCGUGCCGCUAGCGUACUUUCUCCUCAGGUCUGUCCUCAUUCACCACAGGCCUUCUCACUUCCCUUGGCUACUAAGGGUCAGCUUUUCCUGUUCCAGAUCAGCUAUAGCAAACAUUGUUCAAAAUGUCUCGCCAAGAGAGCACCACAGGCAGCCUACCAGACUUAGAAGAUGGAAGCCAUCUCAGCAGCGCCGAGGAGAGGUCUGGAGCAAUGGCGGGGAGGGAGCCAUACUUAGAUAGUGAAAUGGAGGCCUCAGAACAGAAUCUGAGAUUGACCGGAGAUGGUGACGGUACCGGGGAUGGUGGUUUCCUCAACUAUGCCAGCGUAGAAAGUCAAGGAACAGACACAGAAAAUUCAAGUGAGGACAUUGACAUUGAUAACAUAGAGGACUUUGACCAUUUCGGUAUCGGUGGUGAAAGCCUGUUCCAGUAUAAUGUGGAGGAGCAAGAGGAUGAGGAAGAGGAAGAGGAGGAGGAAGAAGUGGAGAUAGAGGAGGGAGAAGAAGAGGAGGAGGAAGAGGAGGAGGAAGAAUUGGAGAUACAGGAGGAGGAGGAAGAGGAGGAGCAGCCUCAGGCGUGUGUAAGGUGCAGUGAGACCAACCAGCAGAUUUUAGCAGAUGAGGAUCGGGCCCUGGAGGACUGGGUAUCCUCAGAGACAUCGGCCCUGCCCCCACCUCGCUGGCAAGUUCUUACUGCUCUUCGGCAGCGGCAGCUGGGUUCAAGUACCCGCUUUGUAUAUGAGGCCUGUGGCGCCAGAGCGUUUGUGCAGCGUUUCCACCUGCAGUAUGGUCUUGAAGGUCAUGCCGGCUGUGUGAAUACUGUGCACUUUAACCAGCGUGGCACUUGGCUGGCCAGUAGCAGUGAUGACUUGAAGGUGAUAGUGUGGGACUGGAUGCGUCAGCGUGCUGUACUUGAUUUUGAGAGUGGCCACAAAAAUAAUGUCUUUCAGGCUAAGUUCCUUCCUAACUGUGGUGAUUCCAUCCUGGCCACAUGUGCCCGUGAUGGCCAGGUACGAAUAGCAGAUCUAUCUACUAUGCCAUACAGCAAGAAUACUAAGCGUGUGGCCCAGCACAAGGGAGCCUCCCACAAGUUGGCUCUGGAGCCAGACUCCCCUUUUCAGUUCCUAAGUUCAGGUGAAGAUGCAGUUGUUUUCACCAUUGACCUCAGACAAGGCAGGCCAGCUUCAAAAGUGGUGGUAACCAAAGAGAGAGAGAAGAAAGUGGGACUGUACACAAUCUAUGUGAAUCCUGUCAAUACCUACCAAUUUGCAGUGGGUGGACAAGAUCAGUUUGUAAGGAUUUAUGACCAGAGGAAGAUUGAUCUGAAUGAGAACAAUGGAGUACUCAAGAAAUUUUGUCCUCAUCACCUGAUUAACUGUGAUUCCAAAGCAAAUAUCACUUGCCUCGUGUACAGCCACGAUGGCACAGAGCUCCUGGCCAGCUACAAUGAUGAUGAUAUUUACCUCUUCAAUUCCUCUCAUGAUGAUGGUGCUCAAUAUGUUAAGAGAUAUAAGGGGCACAGAAAUAAUGCCACAAUCAAAGGCGUCAAUUUCUAUGGCCCUGGAAGUGAGUUUGUAGUGAGCGGUAGUGAUUGUGGGCACAUCUUCCUCUGGGAGAAAUCAUCCUGCCAGAUCAUUCAGUUCAUGGAGGGUGAUAAGGGAGGCACAGUCAACUGUCUUGAGCCCCACCCUUGCCUGCCUGUGUUGGCAACCAGUGGCCUAGACCAUGAUGCCAAGAUCUGGGCACCCACAGCUAAAGCUUCCACUGAGCUUACUGGGCUAAAGAAUGUGAUUAAGAAGAACAAGCGCGAACGAGAUGAAGAUAGCUUGCACCACACUGACCUGUUUGACAGCCACAUGCUUCGUUUCCUUAUGCGUCACCUGACACAAAGAGGUCGCCAACGGCGCUGGGGAGAUCCUGGAGUUGGAGUCGUAGAUGGAGACUUGUAUGAGUCUUCCAGCCCCUCAGAUACGUCCGAAGAGGAGGAGAACCAAGACCGAGUUCAGUGCUUGCCAUCCUGAAGGCCUCAUACCCAUUCCAGCUAGAUGUCAGCUCUAGUACACUGGACUUUAAAAUUCAGUUUGACUAAUUUAGACUAAUUUGUUUGACUAAUUUGUUAAUUAAUAGAUUAAUACAUUUAUCUUUUGUCUUUUAUUUUCCACAAGAUAAUCUCUUCUAUCCCCUUCCUCCCUACUUCCCUUCCUUCCUCCCACAUUCUUCUUCUCUGGUUCUUUCCCUCUUAAUUGGUUUCUUUAUUCCUCUUUUAUUGCCUUUUAUCUCUAUAUGAAUGCAUAAGCAAUUUAUUUGUGCCUUUUUUCCUAUAUUCCCUUAUAGUUGACCUCGAAAGUUUCCUAAUUUUGUUGAAACAAU